GUAGCGGAGUGUAGAAGUGAAAAAUUGAGUGCAGCAGAAAAUUGGUGAAAUUUGUUGUUAAAAAGGCCAAACUUUGGCUGAAAAUAGUGAGACGAUGGUGAAGAAUCGACCUGGGCCUGGAUUUAAUGGCCCUUUUGUAGCGAGAGUUCGAUUGCGCUAGAAAAAAUACGUGGUGGAAAAUUUGGGGAGUGUGAAGGAGCCACUGCAGGGCUGAAAAUUUCCUACCCCGUGUGAAUCGUAGUGUAAAAUUUGUAUCACCAGGCCACCUGCCACAGAUGUGGAUCAGAAUGCGAAGGAAAAAGUGCUAGCAUUGCCCAAGUCAUCCUCCUGGAACAAAGUUUUGUUAUUAGGCCAGCAUUUUGGAUUCGAUUCCAUUCCGUUUGCAACUGUGCAGGAAAAAGGGGGAUUGCAAGCUGGCAUAUUGGGUGGGUUGGAGUGAAAAGCGCUGGUCGGCUGCAAAAGGCUACUCUGGUGGCAGAAGCCAAGGUAAAAGGAAAAGAAAAAUUGAUUGAACCCACACUCUCCACGGUCAGGAUAAGUGAAAAUUGUGAAAACUUUCAAAGUGAAAAAUUACUAGCUAUGGUAUUUUAAGUGCAAAUAGUGAAAACGAAGAAAAAUCAAUGAAUGGUGCUUCUUAAUUCCAUCAUAACCCAUAUCAGCAUGUCACGGCCACAGGAGUGGAAAUAAGUGCAAAUGUUGUGUGUUCAAUAAGCUGGACUGGUCAGUAGAAAAAUCCGUCUAUAGGGUGAGGGAAACCAUGACAGUCUAGAAGAAAAUCGAACUGUGCUUGGAAGGGUAGUGCACACUUUACUAUAAGUCGCCUUCACCCUCAUUCCCAGUGCUCUAAUCCGUUCUUGAAGAAUUCCCUGCACAAUUACGUACCACCGAAGCACUAGCUGUGAAAAUAAAUCGCCAAAAGGAUUUGGAAAUAAGAAAACAUCCUAAGAAAGUUUGUCCCUCUCAUGUGAAUGCGAUACAUUGCAUGAGAUAUUGACCUACCCUUAUAAAUCUAUAUCAUACGCUGUCAACGGGAACAAAACCACUAACGAUAUAAGCGUAACUUUGUUUCUAUUGCAUGUCGCUAGGAAUCGAGUAAACAAAAGACACUUUAAUAAUACACAGUUUAUUAAAACAAAUAAAUAACGCACAGGAUUCACUGCGUGGUUCGAUAUCCGACAACUGUUCGAUGACACAAAUAAGCAUUAGCAAACAGACGGGUCCGAGGGAAUACGCCAAAUAACAUUUAACAGCGAGCUUCAAUAUUAAAUAGUGCUAAACAAUUCGGUGCAGCACUUUCAUUCAAUCGUUAAUCGUAACUUUUAUGACGUACGUAUGGUCGAAAAUACCUACUCCGUUAACACUUGUGCAGACCGCGGAUUAUUCGCGGCAUAUUAUGUCUCGUGAAGCCUACAGCUCAGGUCAAACAGUCAAUACAGGAACUAGAAGCCCCGGUCGCCCAAGCAGACGUUUAACCGAGUUACCAACCGUCGAUAGGUCGCCUUCAAGAGACUACGGAGCCCGAGGAAGUCCUUUAGCCAUGGGUAGUCCAUACUACAGGGACAUGGAUGAGCCCAUCAGUCCAGCUGGGGGUGGACAUCAUCGCAGUAGAAGUGCAACGCGUGCACCAACACAUUCGAUGGAAUAUCCGCGCGAACAGCUGCGGACUCGUUACCAAUCACUAGACAGAGGAUUAGUGGAUCCGCAUGACCGAGAAUUUAUUCCGAUUCGGGAGCCACGAGACCGCUCGCGAGAUCGCUCCCUAGAACGAGGUCUCUACUUGGAGGAGGAACUCUACGGCCGCCCACCAAGACAAAGUAUGCCAGACCGGGGGUAUCUCGGCGAUUUGCAGGUGCAGAACAAUGACUUACAACGUGAGCUUGGCAAUCUGAAGAAGGAACUAGAUCUGACAAAUCAAAAAUUAGGUAGCUCAAUGCACAGUAUUAAGACAUUCUGGUCGCCAGAGUUGAAGAAAGAGCGCGCCCUACGUAAAGAGGAAAGCGCCAAAUAUAGUCUUAUUAACGACCAGCUGAAGUUGCUAAAUAGCGAAAAUCAGAAACAAGCAAUGUUGGUGCGUCAGCUGGAAGAGGAACUACGCCUAAGAAUGCGGGCACCGAACAUCGAGAUGCAGCAACAAAUGGAAGCUUUGUAUGCGGAAAACGAGCACCUCCAGAGAGAAAUUUCAAUCCUUCGAGAUACCAUCAAGGAACUUGAGCUGAGGAUAGAAACACAAAAACAAACUCUGCAAGCCCGAGAUGAGAGCAUCAAAAAGUUGCUGGAGAUGCUGCAAAGCAAAGGAAUGGGUAAAGAGGAGGAACGCCAAAUGUUCCAACAAAUGCAGGCUCUGGCGCAGAAACAGUUGGAUGAAUUUAGGCUGGAGAUCCAACGACGCGAUCAGGAAAUAAUGGCUAUGGCUGCCAAGAUGAAAACUCUGGAAGAGCAACAUCAGGACUACCAACGUCAUAUUGCAGUGCUGAAAGAGUCACUUUGCGCCAAGGAGGAGCACUAUAAUAUGCUGCAGGCGGAUAUGAUGGAACGUAAAAUGGUUGAGGAGUUGAGAAAUCGUCUCGAAGAGAAAAAUCGCAUGAUUGAAAAGAAGACGCAAAAUGCCAUGCAAUCAGUACAGGAGAAGAAUCGUGCCCAAACUGAACUGACCGAGCUGAAGGAACACAUGGAUAUCAAGGAUCGGAAGAUUAACGUUUUGCAAAGAAAGAUCGAAAACCUCGAGGAUUUGUUGAAAGAAAAGGACAACCAGGUUGACAUGGCCAGGGCACGACUGAGUGCGAUGCAAGCCCAUCACUGCAGUUCCGAGGGAGCGCUCUCCAGCUUGGAAGAGGCUAUCGGCGAUAAGGAGAAACAAAUGCAACAGCUCCGUGAUCAGAGAGAUCGCGCUGAAGGUGAGAAGAAAGAGGAAAGGGAGCUCCACGAACGGGAGCUCGCCGAAUACAAAAUGAAACUCCAUGCAUUGGAUAGUGAGGUGGAGAAACUCACCACGCGUCUCCAUCGUGCCCUGAAUGAAAAGGAUCGACUUGAAUCCAAAUUGGAGUGCUCUCAGAGCGAGCUCGGCAAAUCGAAAGCCGAACUUGACAAGGCAGCCACUGAUGUGGGUCGUAGUGGCGCCGAUUGGGAAAAUGCUAAACAGAGGAUCUCUCGUCUUGAACUCGAAAACGAACGGUUACGUGCGGAUCUGGAACGAUCGCAGACGACUUUCGGUAGGUCAACCUUAACCACUUCUCAAGAACUGGACCGAGCCCAAGAACGAGCCGACAAAACAUCGGCUGAGUUACGCAGAACACAAGCCGAACUAAGGGUCACGCAAUCUGAUGCCGAACGAGCAAGAGCCGAAGCUGCCGCCUUGCAAGAGAAAUUAGAAAAGAGCCAAGGCGAGGUUUAUAGACUCAAAGCUAAACUUGAAAACGCACAAGGGGAACAGGAAAGCAUAAAACAGGAAAUGGAAAGAAGUCAAACCGGAAUACAACGAAUUGUUAGUGAAAGGGAUAAGGCUUACGGUGAGCUCGACAAGAUUCGCGAGGAGUUAGAAAGAUCGCAGGCUACGCUUGGCAAGUCACAGCUUCAACAAGAGAAAAUACAAAAUGCUCUUGAUAAGGCACAGAAUGAAGUUGACCACUUACAGGAAAAACUCGAUAAGAGUAUCGCCGAAAUUAGGAGGCUUCAAUUAGAGAAGGAGAAGAUCAACUACGAAUUUGAGAACAUCCAAUCUCAGCUUGACAAACAACUCGGUCAAUCCUCCAGAGUACAAAAGGAACGAGAAGCCAUCCAGAUGGACUUGGAACGAUAUCGAGACAAAUCAGAGAAGCUUCAAGCAUCCAUGGGUCGCUUACAGAAAGAACGAGAUGUACUAUGCGACGAGCUGGAGAAAAUCAAAGAAAAGGCCGAAUCUGCGCAAAGUUCUGCACUUAAAUACCAACGGGAACGAGAUGCCAUUCAAACAGAGCUGGAAGUGGUUAAAGAACGCUGGGAGAAGGCACAUCAAGUACACCAGAAACUCCAAAUGGAGCGAGAUGAUGCAGUCACGGAAAUCGAUAUUCUCAAAGAAAAGCUUGAUAAAGCCUUGUAUGCCAGUCAAAAGCUUAUAGACGAGAAAGACAAUUCAAACAAAGAGUUUGAAAAGAUGUUGGAGAAAUACGACCGAUCACAGAACGAAAUCUACCGACUGCAGUCACGGUGCGAUACAGCUGAGGCUGACCGCAAUCGUCUUGAAGUCGAAGCGGAAAGAUCUGCUUUGUCAGCCGCUAAAGCAAAAGAGGAUCUCAGGAAACUGCAAGAGGAAACUACUAGACUGCAAGAGGCUUGCGACCGAGCAGCAAUGCAACUUGGCCGCUCUAAAGAGUUGGAAGAUAAAGCAAAGGAGGAUGUUGAUCUUAUUCGAGAACGUCUCGAUAAAACGCAAGCUGACCUCCGACGUGCGCAAGCUGAGAAAGAAAACCUACAAGCUGAAAUGGAACGACUCACUUACGAAAUCGAUCGAGCCCACAAUAGCUAUACCAAACAAACCGCCUCGCUUGAUGCUGCUCAAGAAGAGGCAGCUCGGUACAGUUUAGAAAUCGAAAAGAUGAGAGAGAGGUACGAAAAAACUGCUGCUGAAUUACGGCGCUUGCAAGAAAAUGAAUCAUUCUCCAGGGAGUCACGCCGUUUGAAAGAAGAGAACGAUCGCUUACGGGAGAAAUUCGAGAAAACUAUGAUGGAGUUGGAAAACUUCAGAAGCAAGUCCCAGUACGAAGAGGAGUCGCUAGAAAAGUACAAAACAAAAUUCGAAGCGCGCGAAAACGAAUUCCAAACGAUGGAACUCAAGCUCCAUGAAGCCACACUCCAGCUGGAACUGGCUCGUCAAGAGGUUCAAAAGCUUAUCUCAAAUCAAGACAAACAACGCAUGGAUGCUGAACGAGCACAUAUCGAGUAUGAGAAGAUUCGUGAUAAGCACGAAAAACUUAUCAAAGAAAUGGAACGAUUACGCCAAAACCCUGGUUCAGCUGUUAGCCCAGGAGCUCUUGCUGCUGCUUCGGUGGGUAUGAGCGACAAAAAUGAAAUCGACAGGCUGCGCGAUCGGUUAGAAAAAGCUUUACAAAGUCGAGAUUCCACUGAAAUGGAAGCGGGACGUUUGGCCAAAGAGCUUGAAAAAGCACAACUGCAUUUAUCAAAACAACAAGAGGCAUAUGAAGCUACCAGGAUCGAAUUUGAACGUAUGUCUGCUGAGCUUACACGUGUACUUGAGAGACUGGAAAAGUCUGAGGCUGAGAAAGAAACACUUCGACAAUCUACCAAGAUAUACGAGAAACAUCAUCAACAGCACGCAAGUAACCAUAUAGAACAUAACGUUAUGAAAAUGGAAGCCGAUAACAAACAAUUAAUGGCCGAGAGAGAUCAACUGGUAAUGCAGCUUGAAAAGAGUCAAGACAUGCUGAUGAGCUUCCAGCAAGAACUCAAUGCUGCUGAGCUUGAACUUCAAAGGCAAUGCGAAGAAAAUAGACGACUGAAAAACUCACCCCAGGGUGCUCACGCUCAGGCACAACCCAAUUCCCAAGAAAUCCAAAACUACAAGAAAGAGAUUGCCCGGUUAAAACAAAUGUUACAGGAAACAGGAGCAAGAGGAGACAGCGAACUCGAACAAUGGCGAAAGGUAGUCGAGCAGGAGAAGAAUCGUGCGGACCAGGCAGAAAAGGCAGCCAUCGAACUGCAGAAGAGAAUGCAGGUGAUGGAACAGCAGCUGAAACAGCAACUACUUCAAAUGACCAACAUGCAGAAACAAAUGACACAACAACAACAGCAGCAACAACAGCAACCAGCACCUCAACCGCAGCAACCACAAAUCAAUCCAAAAGAAAUGGAAAAGGUUCAAGAGGAACUUAAAACGGCGGUAACGCAGCGGGAUCAAUUCCAAAAUCAACUCGAACUGUUGGUACAAGAACUGGAAAAAAGUCAGAUGGAAGCUCAAGAAGCCGCGAAGAAAGCACAACAGCAACAACAACAACUCCAGCAGAUGCAACAGCAGAUACAGCAGUUGCAGCAGCAGCUGCAGCAAGCGACGCAAACAGCGAAUCAGAAGGCAGCCCAAAGUGCGAGCAUCUCGGAACAGGAUCGAAAGCAGCUAGAAGCACAAAUGAAACAAAUCGAAGACGCUACACGAUUGCUGGAGAGUGAACGCAAGACAUUCGAAGACCAGCGGAAGGUUAUCGAGAACAAGCGAAAGGAACUGGAAGAAAAGGAAAAGAACCUGGUCGAGUUCGACAAGCAGCUGAAGAAGCGGAAAGAACAAAUGGAUCAGUUGGAGAAGUCUCUACAGAAGGCUGGCGGUACAGCAGCAGCGGCAGGUGAAUUGAACAAACAGUUAACAGAAACACAACAACAGUUGGACAAGAUCACCAAAGAAUUGAACGAUUCCAAAGAAGCAGCCCAGCGAUCAGCGGCCGAAACAGAACGUUUACUGCAACUGGUACAGAUGACGCAGGAAGAGCAAAACCAAAAAGAGAAGACCAUAAUGGAUCUGCAGCAAGCUCUAAAAAACGCUCAAGCAAAAUUGAAGACAGCACAAUCACAGCCGCAAGAUGCUGGACCAGCCGGUUUCCUGAAGAGCUUCUUCUAAGCAAUACAUCGCCGGUAUUCCAACGAUUUGUUCACACUGCAGAGCACCAGAUACGGCGUUGUGUAGUCAUCCAACUAGUUACUUGUUUAAAAUUCCUUGAGUAUAGUCCCCAUUUUUUAUGAUUAUCUUGAAUUCUUGGCAUAUUUACCUAUGAACACGUGUUGUUCCGGUGGAUUCGCAUCCGAGUACUCGGUUUUUUUCUCACCGUAAGAAUCGUUAAUAAGACAGAUCAACAUCUUGUUCAUAAGCAAUAUAUCAUGUGUAAAAAUUGUAAGAACGUAUCGAUCUAGCGGAAGAAUUGUUGAAAGAUACAAACUAAUACAAACCAUGCUGCCAUAUUAAUAAAACUAAGUAAAAGAGUAAGAUAAACUACGGAAAAGUGAUAUUUACCUAGUCAGUAUCGCUACACUCGAACUACUUUAUCCAGCGCAUGAGAAUUCGAGAUAGUCAUUGAAUUAUAUACUGUUAAAUAGAUAUUUAUUGUAAAAAGUAUACAUGAAGGUAACGUGCAUAUUUUCUCUAUUUUUGCAUGAUACCAGAAUAAAAUGGCCCGUUAGAAAUGAACAGUUUGUCCACGAUCUCGAAAAUUAUCCACAUAGAUACGACGGUACGUGAACCAAUUAUUCUUCAUUGCAAACAUUCGAUCAAAUUUAUAUAGUUACGUUGAAAACCUUGAAAGAAUCUCAUUUCAUAUACGCAUUGGGCUGUGUGUUACAUUGAUUUGAAUAGGGCGCACCAUUUUCUACAGCAGAUUACGUUUCUUCAAUUAAAGGCUAGGUUCAAUUGACUAACACUCGCCAUUUUUUUUUGGAGCUGCACUGCUGGUGGAAAAGAUAGAAAAAGUUCUCAUCGGAAAAUUAGUCGAAUUUUCUAGAGAGAGCGUUAGAAUAAAGAGUAUAGACAAUAAUCUAGAAAACACCGUGAAAUAAGGAAUACUCGUAAUUUGGUGGCAUGUAGGAAGCAUCCCACCGGUUGUUGUUUUCUGAACGAUAAGCGUAUGAAACACGUUACUGGCAGUAAUAGGUGCUUUCUAAUAAUACCAAAUAGUAAACAAACAGUAUUGUAUUUUACUCGAUAUAAUCGCGAUCAUACACACUGAACUCGAUGUUAUUAAUUGAAUUGUUUGAAUAUCUUGCUAAAGUCUGUAAAUCUUCGUCUUGAACACAUGAUUUUUAUCUAGAUACGUCUAUUUUUACUGAAUCUGGAUCACUUCUACAUUUGCAGUUCCUAAAUAUUUACACCAUAUAAAUCAUUAAAACAUCAAUCCCUUUCAAAAACAGCCACAUUAAAUGUGGUAAAGUGGUAAAAUCAUCCAAAUAAAUUACAAAGAUUAAAAUUUAGCAUCGGUGUUCAAUGCCUGCUAUCCUUUCAUUCUAUUUCGUUUUUGUAUAGAAGCUUCAAGUAUCUUCAAGUCUUAGGAGUCGUCCGCAAAGUACGUAAUGCUGAUGGAAAAAAGGGGGAGUCGAGAAGUGUGAUUGUUUAUAAGACAUUCAAGAGAUUUGUAACAAUUAAAUCAUUUUUGUUUUGUAGAGUAAAUUAUGCUUUUCAAGAGCGUUAUAAAACUUAAAAUGUUACUGGGCUACAAAUGCUCACAAGAAUUUUGGUCUGCACUCCAAAGUCAGAAUUAAAAAACAUAAAACAUGUAAAAAAUACUAAACCCCCAGAAGUUUUUCUUACUGCAAUCUUCCUUGAACAUCGGUUGUUGUUUGUUGUUUUACUAACGAAUGAAGACUUUUUCUAUUGGAGAUUUCUAUUCGCGUCAUUGGCUCAAUGACCAAUAAACAAAUAUUUUAUUAAGUCAGAAGUAAUUCAAACUAUAUGGGCGCGUUCAUUUCGAAUUUGAAUCUGAAACACGCAUUUCCCCAGUUGGCCGUACCUACUAAAUCCAUUUUGAAAACAGUUGAGAUUGAAAAUCUCAAAAGUAUCAUACCCUUGAUUACUCCGCAUAAUUUUAUUUUUUAUAGUUUUGAAACACGUAUGAAUCAAAAGAUUCAAAUGUUUUUCAAUAGUUUUAUUUUGAAGGAAUCAAUUCCGGCACCUUUCUUAAAAACAAACUAUUUUGUUUAUUUGCAAAACGAAACCAAACUGAUGGAGAAUCAAUUAUCUUUUUCUAUUUUGUUCCAAAUCCAUAUUUGAAACAGAAUUUCAAACUUUCAUUAUUUGUAUUCCAUAGCCUACUUGUCAUUAAAAAUCACUAAAAUAUUUUAAAAAUGUAUUUAAAAAUGUUCAACCUGAUACAUUCAAUAUGAAUAAUUUUCGGAAAGAAAUUGAUCAAUCCUUAUGAAUAUUUCGAACACUGUGUAGUAAUACGUUGUGCAUUUGAUACACUAAGCAUAGGGCUAUUAUACAAUAUAUGGUCGAAGCGGCCAUCUUGAACAGCAAUAACAGUAUACUGCGCGUCUGGAAUAUCAUCAGAUGUAUGAGACAUGAUUUACUUGGAAAUUCUGAAUUGAGUAGAAAAAGAAGAACUUUCUCUGAAAAUGAAUGUUGAGUAGGAUUCGGUAAACUCUAGCAAAAGUCAAAUUUAAAUUGAAAAAAAUAAUAAUUUUUGCUUAUUUAUGGUCAUAACCAGCUACAUAUCAACAACUAAUUUACUCGAGAACUGCUCAUAAUGAAGUGACUCAGAUUCUAAGAAUAGAGUUCGAAUAGCCAUAUUUUUAAUUUAUAUUUGAACUAAUGAUGCACGCGCUCUGCUUGAAAAUUGCACUCAACUAAAUCCAAUCCACUACACCAAAAGUUCGUAAUAAGGAAAAACUCUCUUUACAUUUCUAUAUGUGGACAAUAUACAAUAAAGCAACUUUCUCAACCUCGAGUACAUUUCGUCUAUCAUUUCAAGGUUACCAACCAGCAAAAGUGACACAAACUAAAUAUGGAAAGAAAUACAAAUCAAAGCUCCUACGUGUAUUGCUUGUCUAACGUGCAUAAUGUGGUGACGGUAGAUGGACCAUUCAUCUUGAUAUCUUGAUUAUCGGAAAUAAAAUCAGAUAUAACAUCGAUAUUAUUAUCAUAAUGUUUUCAUGCGCAGCUUGCAUGGACAGACGGUAAUAAAGCAAAUACCCAUAUACAAAACACAAAUUAUCAAAACUUAUGAUGAUAGUGCGAAGAAAGUUUACUAAUAUAUCGUUGAAUAGACCAUUUUUGUUGAUAUUCUUGUUAUUACUGAAUUAAAAAAUAGUUUAAUUUGCCCAAAUGUACAGAUUUUUUUUCGAAUGGCAGGUAUCGGUUUAAACAGAUUUACAAUGUUAGUCAUAUUUAUUCACCAACUGUUAUCAGCAAUAAAGAAAGCACAAAGUAUUGCAAAUGGAACUUUCUUUCAUUCUCAAUCACCUACGGUUUAUCAUCUACGAAAACUAUUUUCAGUACCUAAUUACGGAAAAAAAAUAUAUAUAAAAGAAGUAUAUAUACAUAACUGAGAAAUUAUUGGAUAAGACUUACUACCUGUGUCCAGCUUCUUAACAUUAGUCUGUAUUGUGUGAAAAUACAGGUGAAGCAAAUUACCUUCGCGACGAAGGAACAGAUGAUAAUCUAGAUCGACCAAACGUAACUUAACGACGAUGUUUCUAGUACAGACGAUAUAUAGAAAUGAAGUGAACUUGGCAUGCGGUAGCUUUUCCGCCUUAAGUGCACAUAAGCAUCAGAAUUAGGAAUCAAACCACGAGUUCUUCACCAGUUCGAUAAGUUGGGAUGUGUUUUAUUUCUCAACAAUACGCUGUUCAAUUCGGCGUACACAAUACUGCCCAUCGAUUAUAUUCAGUUCAAUCUACCGUUAUAUCAAGAGGGAGUUUUAAAAUUCGUUAUGUUGAACGACGUCAAACCUGGUUCAAUAGCAGUCUGUGCGGUCAAAUCACUUGAUCAGAAUUGGAUCAUUAAAGUACACCAUUUUCAGUUUGUAGGUCACAAACAAUUCCAACUUUUGAUAAAAAAAAACUCCUUAAUGAUGUUAUUCAAAUUCAGAUUCUGACAUACAUGAUGUGAUUUAUUAUUCUAUACUUGUAUUUAUUCAGUAACAAUCCCAAGCGUUUUAUUACAUUUAGUCGUUGAUUAUGAAUUUAGUGAUAAAAUGCAGUUGGUUAAAGCGAUUCAAAUUACAAACUUGUUCCAUUAUCGUGCCUAUUCAACUUCAGAAAACAAAAAAGUUUGGUGUUUGUAAUUAUGCUGAAACAUAUUUGUAAAUUUGCUACGCUAUUUCUUGGCGUUGAUGAUCAGUCAGCUUUCAUACACUCUGUAAAAUGAACUUUCAAAAAUAUUAAGUUUCGUCUAAGGAUGUAAUAAAUUAUCCUACCCAACAUACAAGCCUAUACAUCUCCAAGUAUUUGGAUCAAGACUGGCAGAUUAUUAUUUUGACAAGAUUUCUUAAUUUGCAAUUCAAAUGACUAGACAUGUAUUCUUAUGACUUACUGUUCGUUUUUUAAAGGUGAGUGCGAAUUCAUAAUAAUGUUGACAGUAUACCAUUACCUAUUGAAACAUUCGAUUAUUUUUUUUUCAAAUUGGGCUAAGUCGCCUAGAUAACAUGCUCUAGAAAACCAAUUCGAAUCUGCGGUUAAGCUAUCAAGCUAUUGAAUAACAUGUUAUGAGCAUGCUUAUAAUGGCAUACCAGGUCAACUUUGUCCAAAUAUAGUUUAUACUCUUUCAAUAAAAUUCAGAGAGCUGAAAGAUAAGGGAACGGUUCGCCACUUCAUCUCAUAGCUCCCAUUUCCAUCUCAUCAAAAACAAAGCAAUGAAAAGGAAUUUGAUUUGUUUGAUUUUUUUAUUUUUGUGUUUUUUAUAGCCGUUUUUUUAUAGCAUGUUAACAAAAAGCAACAUAUAUUAUUCUCUGUUUUGUGAUGAGAUGGAUAUAUGUUCAGUGAGAUGGAAAAAGAAACAGUUCCCCUACUUACUUGACAAAAUGCGUUACCACCAUUCUUGUGCAAUGUAUUGCAUUUCUUCUGUAAAUAUAGGAAUGACAAUGAAAUGAAAAACAUAUGGAGUUUAAUUCCAUUUCUAGCUAUUCCUAAAACCUGGUAUUUUAGCAAAAACAUUCAGCGAGUGAGGCUGAACCACUAGCCUUUAGAGCGUUUGCCUCGUUAUAGAAUCAAAAUUGAAUUCGAGGCAUCCAAGACUACAAAACGAGAUUAAAGUAUUUAAAUCUUUUACAAGCAGUAUUGGCAAUUGUCAUGACUCAUAUAAAGGUGAAAAACAGGACCUUUUCCAUAUUAAAAGACCAAAUCAAAAUGUAACCGAAUCAUUGUUUUCACAUUAAGCAAGCUCUGCGGAUGAGUUUUUUUGCUUUAUGAAUUCCCAAUUUUUUAAUUUUUUGAGUAAAAUAGUGCGAAAAAUAAUGGCAAGCCAGUUCAUUCUGGUAAAACUAAAAAAAAAGCUAUGGGAGUUUUAUUAUCACCAUUAUUGAAGAAGAUACGGCUUGAUAUAAAAAUCUGUGCUCUAUGUUCAAAAUAAUUUACAUUGUCGAAAAAUUUGGUCAAAAGACAAUUUUUGUUUCAUUGUUAAAACAUGAUUGACUCUUAUGUUUAUAGUGACGUAGAAUGUUAACCGUACAAUCUUAUAAUGACGUUCAUAGAUUUGAAUCAAUAAACCGUUGCCAGAAAAGUGGUACAUAAACCAAUUUCUUCAAUUUUAAGGUUUUACAUAAACUACUUCCAUUUGCAAUUAUUUCAUUAACGAAUAAUGAAAAAGUGAUUUUUGAUGAGAAAAUCUGGAGAUAAGCUAUGCCGUAAUCUGGCAAAGUGACGUAUAUGCCAAUUUCCAAAAACGGUGUAAACGAGUGGUACUCAUAGUACUCUUUAACAGAAAAAUGGAAAACAUCCCAAGUAACAUUUUGAGUUUUAUAACUCUUAUUUACUUUACUCUUUAUUUACUCUUCAAGAUUGUUAUAAAACCAGCAUAAAACCAAAAUGUUACUAGGGAUAUAUGUUGUGAAAUAACGCAUACGUCACUUUUCUAGAUUACAGCAGAGCUGCUGGUAUAUAUCACAAUGGGCAUUUCGUUGGCAGUAAAAAUGAUACAUGUACAAUUGUCGCCAUUAAAUUCAGCUGAUUCAGAAGAAAACUCGGUAAUUUAGGUUGUUUCUGCCUGCAUACCUGAAUGUUGGUGCAGCAUUGAUUUUUUUUAAGUUUAAUUGAUUUACCGAUAAUGAAUCAAUAGGACACCUGAUGUCUGUAUAUUGGCACUGCUUCUAAAGAGCAACUUAAAAAAAGUCCAACAACUGUCAUGCACUUAAUUGAAGCCGAUUUCGCGGCUAUUCGACAGGAAGCUGAUGUAUUCACUUAGAAUCCGUUUCUGUGUUCAAAUGUUUCAAAUAAUACCAUCCAAAGGCUUGUCGUCAAAAUAUCUCGUAAACCAUCUACUCAAUAUAAUUUGAGUUCUUUUAAUUCUUUUUAACUUUCCGAAGUUAGUUAAAUUUACAAUGGUGAUUUAAUAAUUAUUUUUAAAAUAUUUAUUUGGCAUCUAGUGUUUUGAAAGUGCCUUAUUAAUUAUAUUAAAGCAAAACGACGAAAAAUAUUUUCUCAUUUUGAGAUAAAUUUUAAUCAAACUUUGCCUCAUCCAUUAUUUUGGUUCAAAUUAGAAAUUUUUCAAGCGGUUACCAUUUUCAUAACCAUUCCAAUGUUUUCAAUACAUUGUUUUCUUUUAUUUUUCAUUUAAUAUUUUGAAAUUUGUUUACUCUGACAGAAUUUUGGAUUUUAAUACAUUGUUUAAAACAAACUAAUUAAUGGAGUAAAGCUAACUACAUAGCAUAGCAUUUCAUGUUUUGCUUGUUCAAAUGCGUUUGUUAAAAUAUAAAUAUGAUUUAAACACUGCCAAAGACCUUGACCGUAGCUCAUUAAUCUAAUGUUAUUAUUCGAAAAUUCUUGCACUAAUAUAUUUGGCCUGCUUUCAAGUUGUAAUAGUUUCCCGCCUAUUUUUUGGUUAUAAUAAGCAAAACAGCGAGAUCACUCUCACAUGUAUAAGCAAUUUAACCUUGAAUCAUCACAUUGCAAAUUACAAUCUAAAAACCAAAAAACACAGAUUUUAACCAGUUUGUUACAAAAACCACUUCUGAACAUUCAAACCGGCAAAUUAUUGAACUAGAAUAUCACAAAUAUGUGAAAUGAACGACUAACAGAUACACUUUGCUCAAACGGAACGAUACAAAUCAUGAAAUGAAUGAACCAUUUGAACUAGACAAAACAUGUUCGAAAAUGUUCCACAUGAACACACAUUCCAAAUCCGUAAUUCCAAGCAACUAAGAAUCAAUCAACAAUUCUGACAACCUUUAUUCUCUUUAUCAGAAUUUUAUAUUUCAAUUCUUUGAAUAAAACACGUGGACGAUGGACCAUUACUAAAGUAAAUAUAAUAGUAUCACAUUAACAAAAGUUGUUGUCGUUGAAAACACAAUCAUUUCAGUUCAUCGAAGCAACAUUGAACCUUAAACAUAAAACCAAAUCGAACUUAUUAAUUCGUAUGGAUUUAGUGGAAGCAAACAAAGUAUUACUAGUCUAUGUUCAAAACAACACGAAAUCACAUGGAUAUAUGGUGUUAUUCGGGAGAACAAAUUAAUCAUAUUUAACUGACAGCAGAUGGUUCAGCAGAAAUGUAAAAUAAUUUCGAAUAGAACGGAUUUAUUAGGAACAUAUUUAUUUUCGUAGUGAAGCAAGUAAAAUAUAGACCAUUUCAUUUUUUCACAUAUCUCGAAAAUCACGAUUAUAAGAUACACAACAAACAAAACUAAAAAAACGCAUUAAAUCAGAUUAAAGCAAACAAAACCUGCGAAACGCUAACUGUAAUUAUCGAAUAAGUAGUUAACUAUCUUUGAAAAAUAAUGCUAAAAUGAUCGUAUCAGGCCGAACAUGGAGUAGCAUUCAAUUGGAUUGGACAUUGUAUCGCUGAACAAAAACAAAUCAAUCUGUAUAGAAUAGAACGAAUUGUGGUAGAAAACACACAGAAUCGGGAACUGAUGGAGUCGUUAUGGUAACAAAAAUGUGAUCAGAACAUUUAUUCCAUGUAGAUCUAAAAAAAAACAAAACGCCAGAUACAGAGAGACACUAAUCAGAACUCAUACUCGAUUGUAAAUCAAAGAACACUAAACUAAAACCGAUUGACGCUACUUGGUGUGUGCAAAUAGUUAAGCGGUAAUACAAAUGUUAAUAUUAUUAAUUAUAUGAAAUAAAACAAA